CUUCCCACUUAUUCCACUAUUGGUGUAUGACCGUGAUGCCCAGUCUCGCUGAUAAUGCUCUCUUGACGCUCCCCAUGGUUCGUCGAUUGCUGCUGCUGCUGCUGCUCGCGGUGCAGACCUGCCUCAGUCGCUUCACCGCGAGUGGCGAUAGCAUCCCCACAGCUGUGCGCCUCGUAAGCAUCCACCCACACAACGUCAGCGCCUUCACGGAAGGACUCGUGUUUGACGAUGGCGCGCUCAUUGAGUCCACGGGGCUCAAUGGCGAGUCUUUCAUCCGCAAGUACAAACUGUCGGACCUUAGCACUGACUACUUCAGGACGGGGUCCAUACAAACCGUGCCCUUCCUACAGGAAUUCCGCUUCGACGCCUCCAUCUUCGGUGAGGGCGUAACCGUGCUGGGCGACAAGCUGUUCGCGCUAACGUACAAGGCGGAGCAGGUGCUGGUGCUUUCUCGACGUGACUUCCAGCUGAUCCGUCAGUUUCCCCUCACGACAUCCACCAAGGAGGGCUGGGGACUCACGACAGACGGAGAGUUCCUCAUCGCCAGCGACGGCUCGGCCAAUGUGCUCUUCUUCGACCCGCGCGAUGACUUCACGCUGCACCACAACAUCACUGUGCGGAAGAAUGGCAAACCGGUGACCAACGUGAACGAACUAGAAUAUGUAGAAGGGGAACUGCUCGCCAACGUUUGGUUCGAAGACUAUAUCCUACGCAUUGACAUUGCUACCGGAAACGUACUGGAGCAAAUAGAUCUUGACUGGAUACCCAACAUGGUGCCGAACAUUCACACCGAGGUUAUGAUGGCCUCCCCUUUCAAGCAGGAUGCCGUGAUGAAUGGGAUCGCCUACGAUCCGGUGACACGUCACGUAUUCGUGACCGGUAAGCUCUGGGACUCCAUGUUCGAGCUCGAGCUGUCGUAUCUAAGUGCGCACGACCGACCUAUCAUCCCUUAGGUGUGUUUGAUACCUUUGAUCUUGACAUCAAUGAUCAAUUCUGGAGGAGAUUGGGGAACAUUUGAGAGAAAAUCCACAAGUACUUACUACUUCACUUCUGUAAAAAGAUAUCCAAAUACUACAACUACGAUCAAUGCAUGUGUACGCCCGCUUUCGUUCAGCAGCGUGGGAGAAACAGCAACAGUCAACUUACGCGAAUUUCUCCGAGUGGAAGUCGAAGAUGGUGCCUUCCGCCUUCGAGGACGAG